GGCUCAUUGGCCCGCCGGCGUCCUCUCAAGAUUUUGGAGAUCCAUCACGGCAACGACGACGAGCACGACGACGUGGCUUAACAACCCGUUCACGGCCAAUCCCUCACGUUCCCGACGACCACACAGCGCAUCGACAGCGCGCACACAGCCGUCCAAGAUGUCGAUGUUCCGGGCCAAGAAGCUCGACAUCGGUUGCUUUGUCAACAUCAAGACCAUCCGUGACCACACCAAGCGGAAGGUCUUUGCCGAGCACGAGGCCGAGAGACAAGCCCUGCGAUACAUGAUCCGCAACACAACACUACCUGCCAGGACACGCGCCGAGGCCCAGCUCCAGCUCUCCCAGAUGCACGCCUACACACGGCCGACACAAAUCCGCAACCGCUGUCUUCUCGGAGGAAAGUCUCGCGGAAUCUUGUCCGAUUUCAAGAUGACGAGGUACAACUUCAGAAUGCAGGCGCUGGAGGGCAACAUACCAGGUGUCCAGAAGGCCAGUUGGUAGAUGGAAGAGGGCAGUCACGUGUAUGAUCAAUGAGUUAUGGGCGGGCAGCGGCCAUUGUAUAUUAAAAGGCUGUAUCAAAUGGACAACAAUAGCCGGAACGAAACAUGAGACAUUAUUGUUCCUACUUCCACUUCAUUGCGGAGGAUUGCAUAAUUGCCAAGGUGACACACGUCGGAUGGUGUUGGCCUGAGUCUUGCACUGCAAACGGAGCAAACGGAC